AUGCUCAACUUGUCCAACCUCCGCAACCUUCUGUCGCAGGUGCUUGCUCUACCCGAGUUGCACACGGUUGCCCUCUUUACCCCGGAGGGCCAACUGGUCUCGUUCGCUGCGGAUCCGCACAGGCCGAAGGACAACGUACGCGUCAUCGUCGGGUUGGGUGGGGAGGUGUGGAAGGAGACGAAACAGCAGGGCGUGGGGAUGAUCGACAGCGAACUAGGACGCGUUGUCGUGCUGCCAAUUGACGAAGAAUACGAUGACGCCACGGAGAAUGGCACAAGUGACAAAGAUCCCGUCAUGCUUUUGGCUUUGAAUGCUACCACAUCUGUAUCUUGGGAUGAAUUGGAAUUCAAGGCACGAGAAUUGGUGAAACACUUGCAGAAGCCAGUUUCUGAACUGCGCGGACGUCUCGCUGCUGCGCCUGUCCUGCACAUCAACCCACGAUCUGAACGCACAGCUCGGUGA